AUUAAAAUACCAAAAACAUUACAACUUUAUAAAUAAACCUUUAUUAAUUAGUAUAAGAUAAGGAUGUGUAUUCUUUAAAAUUGUUAAUCUUGUUAAAACUGAUGCGCUCUUGUUGUACCAUAUGUUUGUUAAUUUAUUUUAAAAUAGGUACACAAUACAAUUUUUCUACGUAGUAAUUAAAAAGUUAGUUUGAGGGGGGCGCCGUCCAAUGGUAUAUAAAGGACCUUCUUAAUUUAUGUACUAGUUAGUACGUGAAAAAUAAACUGACCUUAAAAUAGUACUCCUAGUUACGUUUAAGACUACCUGAACAGUGUAUUGGAAGCUAAAAAAGUGAUAUAAAACAUGAUAUGUGAAUAACUAUGUGUUGUUUGAAUUAACAGUUUUAGUGACAUGACAAGGAUAAAUUCAAGAUUAUUGCAAGUUGUAGAGCAGGGUGCUUUUGGCAAUGGAAAAAUAUUUAUAUCGUUCGAAAAAGAUAAUGAAAGUGUGAAAAUGGACCAGUACCAAUCUGCAAUUACUUUUGGAACUUUAAAAUUGUCGGGUGGUCAAUCAUAUGAAGUGGUCAUAAAAUUAAAUCUAGGGACUAAAUUUGAACGCGAAUUUAUGAAAACUGAUUCUCAAUUUCACAAUGAAAUUUUGAUGUACAAAUUGAUUAUACCAUAUUUGAUGUCAUUUUAUCCUCAAUCUAGCACCCAAAAAUCAACCAUAUUUCCCAAAUUUUAUUAUGGAAUUGAAACUGAUGAAAACAAAGAAGAACAAAGUAUGAUAAUUUUAGAAAACUUGCGACCACAUGGCUAUCGUCUAUCAGAGGAAAGAGUAUUUCUUGAUUUUGACCAUUUAGCAGCUGGACUACAAAUUAUUGCAAAGUUUCAUGCAUUAUCAUACGUCGCAAAAUAUAAAGAUAAAAACUCGUUUCUAAAUUCUAUUAGUGGAAUAAAAGACACAUUUUGGAAUUCAUCAGGGGAGUGGAUAUUUUCAGAAAAGAUAUUUACUGCUAUCGGUAAAAGAGGAAUAAACAGAUUAAUACAACGUAACCCUACAAAAUACAGUGACCAUCAAAAUUUAAAGAAGUUAAUUGGUUUUAUUGAAAAUAAUUAUGAUAGCAUUCGAAGAGUUUUAAAACCACGUGAACCUUUAGCCGUUUUAUGCCACGGUGAUUUUUGUAGAAAUAAUAUACUGUAUAGAUAUAAUCAGAACGGCUGUCCUUCCGACGCAUUGCUCAUUGACGUGGCUACAUCAAGGUAUGCGUCACCAAUUUUAGAUUUGUCUUUUUUUUUAUACUUAAAUACCGAUAAAAAAUUACGGGAAACUCGAUGGAACGAUUUGUUAGAUAUUUAUCACUCGCAUCUAUCACAAUCAGUUUCAAAUGAAGUACACAUUCCUAGUAGAUCUGAACUAAAUUCUGAAAUGUCGUCGUACGCUUUUUAUGGAUUUGUGCAUGUUGCAUUCUUUCUUCCUUGCAUGGUUGAAAAAAAUCCACCAACCUCAACAUUAGAUUAUUUAAAACAAUCACCAGAAGAGCGCUUAAAAUUUCAUUUGACUAUCGGUGGGGAUGAAGGAACUGAAAUUGUAGCAGACGUUGUACAACAUAUAAUAGACAUGGGUUAUAUAGAUCUACCAUACACUUUUUCGAAUAUUGGUCAUGGAACUACAAAUCUUAUUAAUCAUAUAAUAAUGAAAUCGUUUCUGACUGAUUCAGCGUUAACAAAUAUUGUGAACAGUGGAGCUUUCGGUAAAGGUUGUUAUUUUGUAUCAUUUGAACGGGAUUUGAAUAAUGAAGGUGAAGAUCAGUUUCAAUCUAUUAUAGUUUAUGGAACCAUAAAAGUAUCGGAUGGUCGAUAUUAUCAAGUUAUUAUCAAAAUAAAUGAAGGUACUCUAGAAAAUAUGAAUAUUGAUGUACAAUUUCACAAUGAAAUACAAAUGUAUAAAAAAAUAAUUCCAUUUUUGAUGUCGUUUAAUCAUCAUUCAACCAAACACUAUACACAACUGUUUCCCAAAUUUUAUUCUGCAAUUGAAAGUGACAGGGAUAACUUAGAAAAAACAAUGAUCGUUUUAGAAAAUAUGCAUCCUCAAGGUUAUAGGCUUUCGGAAAAUCGUCUCUUCUUAGACUUUGAUCAUUUAGCUUCUUGUCUACGAGCCAUUGCAAAAUUUCAUGCUCUAUCAUACACAGCAAAAAACCGAGAUAUGAAUACUUUCAAAAGAUCUAUUGAAGGUAUUAGUAGCACAGCUUGGGAUUCUAAUGGUCAAUGGGUAUAUCCAGAGAAAUCGUUGACUAUCAUUGGUAAACGGGGGUUAAAUAGAUUACUUGAACGAGAUCCAGCUAAAUAUCGUAACCAUAAAAAUGUAAAAAAAUUAAUUUAUCUUCUUGAUAAUGGAUAUAAUAGUUUGCGUCAAACUCUUUUAUCUCGAGAACCUCUAGCCGUCUUGUGUCACGGUGACUUCUGUAGAAAUAAUGUAAUGUUCCGUUAUGACCAUACAGGACGUCCUUUGAAUGCAAUACUUUAUGAUUUCAGUUCACUAAAAUAUGGAUCUCCGGCGUUAGAUUUGUCUUUUAUCAUGUACAUGAAUAUGAAUAAAAAAACAAGAGAAACUCGAUGGAAUGAAUUAUUAGAUAUUUAUCAUUCUUGUCUUUUAGAAUCAGUUCCAAAUAAUGUGCGUAUUCCCAGUAGAUCUGAGUUAGACUCUGAAAUGGCUUCUUGCAUUUUCUAUGGGUUUAUUCAUAUUGCUUUUUUUCUGCCUUUUAUGGUAGAAAAAAAUCCUAUGGACAUGAAAGAUUACGAUAAACUAUCAUCGGAAGAAAAAUUGAAUGUAACUAUGAGAAAUGGUGGUGAUGAAGGUACAGAUAUGGUUGCAGAUAUCGUGCAACAUAUAAUCGACAUGGAAUAUUUAUGAAUUCUAAAAUAAAUAAAAUUUGUUAGCAUAAUAAUGAUUGCUUAGUAUAUAAAAAAAGAUUUACUUAGUUAAUUCAUUUAGCUAUCUUCUCUAAGAUAAUUUUUUUUAGACAAAUAUUAUUUUAUUGUAUUUAUUAUUUAUUAAUAUGAACACAUUAAAAUUAUAGAGAGUUUUACUUAUAAAACACUUUGUAAAUUAAUAAUGCUGGUUACGAAGUGAUUGAUUUAUUUUGACCACUAAACUUCUCUUAAAGGAAUAAUAAUCUUGAAAAUAUUUGUAUUAGUAGUAUUUAUCUCUUAAUUUAUAAAUGGUUAAAUAAAUUUUAUUCCGUCCCUUAUAGCUUAUAAAGGUAUCAACUUAAAAUUUUGAAUAGUGACAUACACAUUUAAUUAGCUUAGAAAAUGGAAAAUUAUCUAAUUUAGAAAAUUACUGAUAGAUAACAACUUUUGUAUCAUAAUUUCAGAAGUUAUUAGCAUAUUUAUACCUGAAGGGAGGAGUAGUGUAGCUGAGAAAUUACUAAUAAUGAAAAAAAUCACGUACUUCACUUCAAAUUUGAUAAUCAUAAUUUUUUCCAAAGUAAUGGUCCAAAAGUUACUAUCAAUAAGUCAUUUUCUUAAUUUUAUAAUUUUCUAUUUCAUAAGCUAAUUGAAUAUGUAUGUUGCUAAUAAAAAUACUUAAGAUUGGUAUUCUUAUAAGGGAUGAGGGACUGACUAAAAUAUUAUUUAACACUUAUAAUUAAGAUAUAAAUACUACUAAAAAUAGCCAAAACAAAUAUUCCCAAGAUUAUUAUUUUUUUAAGAGAAGUUUAGUGGUCAAGAUAAAUCUAUUUUUGUGUAUAAUUAUUCAUUACCCUGUAUAUUAAAACUACAGUUUUUACUUAUGGCACAUCUUGUAAAUUAAAAACGUACAGAGAUUUUACUUACAAAAGACCUGUUUAUUGAUAUUAUAUGAUGAUGAAUUAUCACAGGACUCCAUUUUGUUUAUUUUCAAAAAAAAAUGUUCGAUCAGGUACUAAUUUAAUUAUUGAUUGAUUUUUUAUAAAUCAGUAAAGUUCUUUAAUGGUUAAUACAGGGCAUGAUUUUUAAGAGGAAGAACAAAUAUAGUCAUACCUGGUCUAUAAUAAUUUUGUUAAAUUUAUAGAAUAUUAAAUUUCGCACACUUCUGACUACCCUAAACCCCAUAUAUAAAUUACAGCGUUUAUACUUAUCAAACAACUUAACAUAAAAGUAUAAUAGGCAAAAAUAUAUGACUAAAAAAAAUUAAUAAAAAUAAAAAAAAAACUGCUAUUAAAUGUUGAGCUUUGUUGCCUCUUAAAAGUGGCCUUAGAGUUUUAAUACUCGCAUUUAAAUAAAACGGGAAUAAUAAAAAUUCUUGUAAGUAUAUUUAAAAUAAAUUACAAAUUUUUGUAUACCCAUAGUGGAACAGAUCUAUGUAACUACUUUUAAUUUUUUUAAUCUAACUAGCAUUUCAAUGUAAUUUUUUUUAAACUAUUAAUG